ACCCGGAAGUGGAGGUUAUGUCAGCAGCAGAGACACAGUGUGAGCUUCUCAGGGAACCCAGAGAGGAGCCCAAUGGCUGUAGAUAUACAAAGAACAUGCUUUGGCCUUUAUUGUGGGAAACCAAUUGUGGCAAUCAAUGGAACAACUGAAAUCUAUGGAGAUUGUGGAGUUUGCCCAAGAGGUCAGAGGACGAAUAUCACAACUAAAAUCUGUCAGAAAUGCAUGGAGUCCCCUGAGCUGUAUGACUGGCUGUACCUUGGGUUCAUGGCCAUGCUGCCAUUAAUAUUACAUUGGUUCUUUAUAGAAUGGUAUUCUGGUAAAAAGAGUUCCAGUGCCCUUUUCCAGCAUAUCACGGCCUUGUUGGAAUGUACCGCAGCUGCCCUGAUUACGUUACUUGUGAAUGAACCCGUUGGGUAUCUCUACAUUCGGUCCUGUCGGGUCCAGAUGCUUUCAGAUUGGUAUACGAUGCUUUACAAUCCCAGCCCUGAUUACGUGAACACUAUUCACUGCACGCAAGAAGCUGUCUAUCCUCUAUACACUAUUGUGUUUAUUUACUAUGCAUUUUGCUUGGUGCUGAUGAUGCUUUUGAGACCUCUUUUGAUAAAGAAGAUUGCCUGUGGACUGGGGAAAUCUGAUCGGUUUAAAAGCAUCUACGCUGCACUUUACUUUUUUCCCAUCCUAACUGUGAUACAGGCAGUAGGAGGCGGCCUGCUGUACUACGCCUUUCCGUACAUUAUUCUCGUAUUAUCUUUAAUAACUUUGGCUAUUUAUAUGUCUGCAUCAGAGAUUGAGUCUUUUAAGGAUCUCCUUGUGAAAAAGAAGCGUCUGGUUGUUCUUCUCAGUCACUGGCUAAUUCACGCCUAUGGCAUCAUCUCGAUUUCAAAGGUGGAGAAACUGGAACGGGACCUGCCCCUUCUUGCUUUGAUCCCAGGCCCUACACUCUUUUAUCUGCUUACUGCCAAAUUUACAGACCCGUCACGGAUACACCUGGAGGAGGGCAGCGGCCAUUAGCUCAUUAGCUGAGCAGCUUCUACAGGGACCCAGUAAGCUGUGAUGGCAGCAGGACACAUUUAGUUUUU